AUGGACGAGGUAUUACCGACGCCUCCAGCAUCGCCCUUGUCUGGCCCACACUCUGAAUCACACUCUGAAUCUGACCUCAUUCGCGCGAUCGACGACCUGCUCGAGCGAUAUCUCGGCCUACUCGAUCAACAGCAGAAGCUCCAGGAAGCUAUAGGCAAGCAGUUUGCGAAUGGCUUCUUCUCUCUCGCGCGGGCCAACCACUCCUGCCCUCCUGGCCGGCGGUAUGGAGAGGACUACUACGAUGAGAGAAUGAAAGCGACCAAACAUGUAGAAAUUACGAUGAACGAGGCUGUACGGUCGAAGUCUGCUGCCUCCCUGGUAGAUCUAUCGAGCCCCGCGUUCAAGAUAGAAACUAUUGAAAUCAAGCAUGACCCUACCACGGACGACAACAAAGGUGCCCCUGGCAACGAGGCAGAGCCGUCAGGGACAAAGGCGAAGACAAAGACCAAAUCCUCCAACCCGCUGCACUGGUUCGGUAUUCUGGUCCCUCCUCCGCUCAGGAACGCACAGGAGUCGUUUUCCGGCGCUGUGGCUGGCCCGAUCCCAGCACUAGCGGGCGUUGUAAGCGAGAUGCGGGAGGUUGAGCGGAAAGUAGAAGGUCUAAGAGAGCUACUCGGCGGCACUUGGGAGACGGUACGAUCAGUUGAUUUGGAAAUGUAA